UCACCCUCACAUCUCGAAAAUUAGUACGGCAGUGCAGUGAACCCCGACGGUAAAUUGGUGAUUUUCCGUGAAAUUUCAUAUAAAACCUCCUAGGCGAAAGCGUCGAUGCGAUCGGGGUGCGUCACUGUGUUUGGACCGAGCUCGAAGAUGUCUACGUUGAGUGUGAGGGCUCCCGGCCUACAGGCUACCACAGUGCUGGACGUUAGGUCCUUGAGAGUGCACGGACUGACCACGCUCAAUACGGUGCGAAGGAAUCUGUUCGGCUGCACGGAUAGAGAGGAGAACCGAAGAUUCGCCGAGAGGGAACUAUCCCGUCAGUUGGACCUGGAUAGCCAGCGAUGGGGCUUCGACUUCGCAAAAGAAAAGCCCCUACCGGGCACGCAGAGAUUCGCAUGGCAACUAGUUCCAGCCUCAUCCAUCCCUGCUGCGCUACGAAGAGCACCGAUCACCAUAACUGCACAAAAACCAAACACGCCAGCUAAAGAAACUAAAGUAUCCAGUCCGGAUAGCAAUAAGACUCAAAAGAGAAUAACAGAUUUCCUGAAGCCCCGCAAGCGGCUGUCGAGCAGCGGCAAGAAGUCGCCGGCGCACAAGCACAAGCCGGAGCUGCACGCGCACCUGCGGCCGCCGAAGGUCGCGCGGCUCGCGCCGGCGCACUACAAGCGGGCCAGCUAGGCACCGCCCGCCACCGCACUGCUGAACUAAACCAAAGCGCUAACUUGUAAUCACGCCGAGCGAGCGGCCGCAAUCAUGUACGGUUCACUUCGAACGCGGGUGCGAAACGUAAAUUGUGCAAAUUAAUUUUAUAUCCCUUUAAUUUAUUUUCGAUUUAACGGCGAACGCCGCGGAGAACAAUUAUAAUAAUGUUAAGUAAUUGUAAGAUAGUUUCGGACGUUAAUAUAUUAUUGUAUUCCCCCGGCACAUCACAACGCUCGAGCCCGGGGGCGGGUCGCCGAUUCGUCUGAGCGAGAUAUAUUUAUAAUGUGACAAUUAAUUUUAAGUUUAAUAUGAUCUCUUUGACGGUAGUUUAAGUUAGUUUAGCGUAGGCUAGGUCGGUGUAAGUCUGGACUAAAUAAUGUCGAAUGAGAUAAAGAUUUGUUUAAGUGCUCCAUUGCAAUAUUAACACAAUAGUGACGUCUCGGAGAUGCUUCCACUCUCGUGUAGAAAUUAAAUUUUUACGCCGCGUGGAAGUAUUUCUAACGCGUAUUUUUGAAAUGAUGCUCAGUUUUCUUGAAUUUUCUUUCGAAAAAAAUUUUCGAGGAAUUUUCAAAAAUAACAUCGUUCAAUACACAUUAAGCAAUAGAAAAGUUUAGCUUAAGAGAAAUACAAAUACUCAAAGAUAUGUCUUGUUACAUAAUGUAACGGUUUUUGCCAAUUUAAUUUAAAUGUUAGGGACACGAUUUAUUGAGAACAUUGAGUAUUUGUGUUUUCCGACCCGAGAGGUCGAAUAUCAUAUUAGUCCAUUUGUUUUGUUGUUAUAUUUUAAUAAUGGUUUAUAUGUUUAUGAUUAUAUUGAUGAUUGUUUUUUUCAAUAUUUAAUGUCUAAAGUUUUUCAAAUGUUUUGAUGUGAGCAUUUGCGUUGAAAUGUUUAUCAAAAUUGUAUGUUUCGGAGGCGGUGAGCUGCUCUUGAUAAAGUACAAAUUUUUCAUUUCUGUUUAGGAAAAAGGGCAGCGGGAUCCUUUAAAAGACACUCAUUUUCAUUAUACAUUAACUUUUUUCAUUUAUCUUUAAUUAAUAUGUACAUGGUGUUUGUUUGUUGCGGGCGGCGUGUAGAGUCAGUACUGUCUGGUCAAUACUGGAUUUUAAUGUUGAUUGUAUCUAAAAAUGGAUUUCGUCGUUACUACAUAUUGACAUAACAUAGUAAUAAAGUCUUAAUGCCAUUAGAUGGUAAAUUAAAAUGUUCAAUGUUACUAAAAUAUUACACCUAAACAAUCAAUUUGUUAUUUUUGUAUGUAAAUAAAAACUAUUGGUUUAAUAAUUAUUUACAAUGCGGCUAUUAUGGUCACGAUAAUACAACGCGUUUUAUUUCAAACACUACAAGUUAGUCAAGUUUUAAAAUUUUAAUACAAUUUUAGAUUUUGUAUGGGAAAAUGAAAGUCGAUAUUUUACAGUAUUGUCCGGCUAUUAUUGACUCUACCCGCAGUUUGCCCGCAACAGUGCGUUCAGCCAACGCAGGCGUCGGUAGCGGAUAGGUCUGACUAAAAUAAUGAAAUUUUAAUGAACUUUGAACGUUUGACUAUUUAGAACACGAUUUAAAGUACUGUUGAAACAUUAAUAUAUUUAUAAUCUAUGCGGUGUUCGUUUACAUUUUGACUUGAUUUGAAAUUUAUGAAUUGUGUUACGUAGCCCCUUGGGCAGAUGACUCGAAACGCCUAUAGUUAUAGUUUCAAAUAAUUGCCCAAGAACGAUCUUCUUAGUUCUUAGACAAGUAUUUGAUAUCCCCUCGGUCAUCUGUUCGAGCGACUACUAUGAAAUAUUUAAUUAGAUUUUGUUUGGGAUGCGCCAAAAGCGAUGGGCUUAUCAUGUGGUGACGAGAUAUCGUCGUGCGAACGCAUUAAUUUUAAUUUAAUUUCUCUAACACCUGUGAUGUAUUAAAUAUGAUCUCAGAACAUAAUCGUACUGUAUGCAAAUGUCAUAUAUAUUUUGUUUAAAAUAGUGUUAGUUACUGGACUGGACGUAGGCUUUAGUAACUACUGAACCCGUAUCCCUCGUUAUUGAGAAAUAAUUUAAUACAUCAAAUAAUGUUUAUAUUAAUAAUAAGGUUCGGUUCUCGUCGACUGAAUUGUAAAUUGCACUGUAAAUUGUGGCACAAUGUGUAUUUAUUGAAUUAUUAGUCGGCGGGUGUUUAUGGGAUACUAGCAUACAUACAUACAGACAUAUAUGUAAGCCGCAGAGGCAACUCGUGCCGAUCUCGAGUCCACAACAUAACAAUAGUUUAAGCAAUUGUCGCGCAAAAUGCGAUCGCAGUCACAAGAGCAAAUAAUGUUGUAUAUAUUCGGCAAAUAUUUUCUAAUAAACCUUUAUAGUGUAUCGAGUUCCAUAUUAUUAUUUUGUGUAAUGUAUAAAACUUAAAUUUAGUUUAAAAAAAGCUUACUUCAUACGGUA